AUGCUUGCACCAGCUUUCUUGGUAUCAUUGCUCCUGACGAACAUCCCCGCAGCAUCAGCGAGUAGUCUCCUCUGGUACAAUGCAACCCUCGACGAGGGACGGGUCGAAUGCGUCUACCCAAUCAGUGGACAAUAUGCCCUUCUCCAGCGAAUCCUCUACUAUGGCCUCCUUCUCUUCUCCAUCGUCAGUCGCAAGACGCCAUGGUUGGUGGCUGGUGCGCUAGGUGCAGCGAUGACCUACGCCGGGUCGGCCGCGGUCCAUGCCACCAUUCUCGCCGGCAUAUCACGCAAUUCUCUGCUUGACCUCGAUUGUCUUGGAAUCUUUGCCAUCGUCAGCGUGGGAAGCUUAGUCGUGACGGUAUUUUUCCAUGGCUCUGAACUGCUGCGCGAAUCCCCCGCUCGGCCGGUAUUUCAAUACUGGGGGUUGCUGAUGGUGGUCGGAACUAUCUGUGCCGUCGUCGCAAUGUUGAGGGACUAUCCCAGCGAGGAUAUAUGUACAUCUAUACCAAGCGAUGCGAACAGCACCGCAGAACCCAUACUGCUGACGAGCACAGCGCAAUUAGGUCCGAUGCCGUUCAACUGCACAUACGCUUGCUUCAACACACGACAAGCCUUCCGAGACCCGAGCGACAUUCGUGUCCUACCGACUGGCACGGUAUCGAGUCAGAGAUUCAAGUUAUUAGCUGCCUCAAUCUGCCUCUCGAUAUUCCUCGGGGCUGUGGUGUCACUCUACCGUCUUCUCCUGACACCUCGCUACUAUACAAAGGAGGAGCUGGAGCAAAAACUGCGUUCAGCAAACAAGACUCUUGCAAAAAGGAACCUCCUUCCGAAACAGCGCCGCAACGCACGCCAGGUACGAUCGAUGGCGCGGAAGAAGUUAGCUCGGGGUCAGAAGCGCACCCGGCCGGGGUUGAUGACUGAUCUGUUGUCAAUCACCUGCGUCGUCGUCAUCAUCCUGAACGAGGUUUUUAUACAUGUAAGCAAGGAGAUCCCUGCCAGCGAACCGCCGUACGCGGUAGGACAAUGGGGUCCAUGGGCAGCUGUGAUCAUGGCGUUGGCGGGUUCUGGCAUCGUGGAGUAUCACCGGCCUGCGUGGGAGGAACGACAGCGGAUAUUGAAGGAAGAGGGCUUACUGGGCCAAGGAGAGAAUGACCCACCACUUUUUUCUUCAGCAUGGAUGCGCUUGAGAAAGCUGGUGGGCAAUCAAUCGUCAGCUACCCGGGCGGACCCGGGGGCUGUAAUGGUGCAGUGGCCAGAAGCAGCCUGGCGACGGGGAUUGCCUAGGUAG